CAACAAACCACAACUUGCAAAAGACCUCACCUUUUUCUUUAACACAAACACAAGACUCUUCUUUUGCCUAAUCUUCAAGGAUAAAAGCUGCAAUCUUGAUCAACAAAGUGCUUGGGAAUCUUGGUGUUAUUUGUUUGUGUGUGUGUUUUGAGGUUAAUUUGCUUCAUUCUACAAAGGGUUUAAUUUGUUUUUUUGGUAUUUCAAGAAUCAUGGAAAGUAUAGUGGCACAUCAGAAAGAUCUGAAUUUCAAAGCAACUGAGCUGAGAUUAGGUUUGCCAGGUUCAGAAGAUCAAGAAUCAGACCAAGAAAUCUUGUCAAAGAAUAAUAACAAAAGGACUUUGCCUCAAUCAGCUCAUGAUGAAGAAGAUUGUGAAUCUAAGUCUAGUUCUGAUCAUCAUGUCAAAACCCCUCCUGUUGCCAAGGCACAAAUAGUGGGGUGGCCACCAGUGAGAUCUAACAGGAAGAACAACAUCCAACCAAAGAAAACAGAAUCUGAAACUGGAAUGUAUGUUAAAGUUAGCAUGGAUGGUGCACCUUAUCUUAGAAAAAUUGAUCUGAAAACGUACAAGUGUUAUCCAGAAUUGCUAAAAGCCUUAGAAAACAUGUUCAAACUCACCAUAGGUGAAUACUCAGAAAGGGAAGGCUACAAAGGCUCUGAAUUUGCCCCUGCUUAUGAAGAUAAAGAUGGUGAUUUGAUGCUUGUUGGUGAUGUCCCUUGGGAAAUGUUUAUGUCUUCUUGUAAGAGGCUGAGAAUAAUGAAAGGAUCAGAAGCAAGAGGAUUGGGAUGUGGAGUAUAACUGAAAAAAAAUUACAAAAAUUCCCAAUAGAAAGUUUGUACCUUUUUCUAUGACAGGUCUAGAAGAUUAUAUAUGAUAUGAUAUGAUGAAGAUGAUGAAGUUUUUUUUGGUCUCUCUUGGCAGUAAAAAGAGGGUCUUUUUUUUUUUUUUUUUUUCACCUUUGGGUUCUUUGAGUUAAAAUGAACCUGAAUAUUGAUAUCUUUUUCUUUUGGUUUAAUCCUUUUGUAAUCAAAAUAGUUUUUUCUCUGGACAGAAAAAACCUUAGUAAUUUUACAGUUUAUUAAUUUUGUUGUUUCUUUUGUUGGAGUCUUAUCAUAUGAUAUAUGUUGAUGUAUAGCAGGAAACACAAACCAUGGGUGGUUUAAAGAUCCUGCCAAGUGUUAUUUUCUCUUCUGUUUUGGAAUAAUCCCAUCAAACAUACAAAGUAUAACUAUAUAGUAUAUUUCAUUUUGUUGCUAAGAAAGCAAUUGUACAAAUAUUUACAGUAAAUAUUGUUUGGUUCUCUAAUUAA